GAGAAUUUGCCGACACUCCCUAAUAUUUUGCUGAGAGUCAUCAAUUAUGCAGGGUAGCCGCACGCACUGGGAAGGGAGAUAGCGGCAAUAUGGCGACAACUGCAGUUUCUCCGCUAUUUUUUCGACAUCUGCAGUCCAGCGACGCCUAUCUGGAAUUCCGCUAACGCGAAAAAGUUGUAGUUUCACAUGGACACAAAAGUGCCGAAAUGCUGAGUUUGCAGAAGUUGAUAUGGGCCCCAGCUGCUCCCCCAGUCCCCUUCACCCUGUUCUAGCUGGCCGUCCUGGAUGGUACAUAACUAAAGAAGAAGUCGCUGCAGGAUGAAAAUAUGGCUGCACCCCUUAUUGCACCGCCAGGACCUGACAGCUUCAAGAAGUUCACCCCGGAAUCUUUGGCCAACAUUGAGAAACGAAUCGCUGAGGAGAAGAAUAAGAAGCCUCCAAAGCCCGACAGCAGCCACCGCGACGACGACGAUGAGAACAAGCCCAAGCCCAACACUGACCUGGAGGCGGGCCGCAACCUGCCCUUUAUCUAUGGUGACGUUCCUGGAGCGAUGGUGGCAACACCACUGGAGGACUUGGACCCUUUCUACGUGAAUCAGAAAACAUUUAUAGUGUUAAAUAAAGGGAAAACAAUCUUCCGCUUUAGUGCCACACCUUCCUUGUACUUCAUAAGUCCUUUUAAUAUUCUUAGGCGAAUAGCUAUUAAAAUUUUGAUACAUUCAGUCUUCAGCAUGAUCAUUAUGUGUACAAUUCUGACCAACUGUGUGUUCAUGACUUUUAGCAAUCCUCCAGAAUGGUCCAAACAAGUAGAGUACACCUUCACCGGAAUUUAUACAUUUGAGUCCGCUGUAAAAAUCAUUGCCCGUGGGUUCUGUAUAGAUGACUUUACAUUCCUUAGAGACCCAUGGAACUGGCUGGACUUCAUGGUGAUCUCUAUGGCAUAUGUGACAGAGUUUGUGGACCUGGGGAAUGUAUCUGCGCUGAGAACGUUCAGAGUUCUCCGAGCAUUGAAAACUAUCUCUGUCAUUCCAGGCCUGAAGACCAUUGUUGGCGCCUUGAUCCAGUCUGUGAAGAAGCUGUCGGACGUGAUGAUCCUCACCGUUUUCUGCCUGAGCGUCUUUGCCCUGAUUGGCCUGCAGCUCUUCAUGGGUAACCUGCGGCAUAAGUGUGUCAUCUGGCCCAUUAACUCCACCGAGAACUACCUGAGCAAUGGCAGUAAGGGCUUUGACUGGGAGGAGUACAUCAUGAAAGAAGAAAAUUUCUACUUUCUGCCUGGACAAAACGAUGCUCUUUUAUGCGGAAAUAGCUCCGAUUCCGGCCGCUGCCCUGAGGGAUACACAUGCAUGAAGGCUGGGAGAAACCCAAAUUACGGCUACACCAGCUUUGACAGCUUCGGCUGGGCUUUUCUGGCUCUCUUUCGCCUCAUGACACAGGACUACUGGGAGAACUUGUACCAGCUGACCCUGAGAGCUGCUGGGAAAACCUACAUGAUCUUCUUUGUGCUGGUGAUCUUCGUGGGAUCCUUCUACCUGGUAAACCUCAUCCUGGCUGUGGUGGCCAUGGCCUAUGAAGAGCAGAACCAGGCCACCAUGGAAGAGGCUGAACAGAAGGAGGCUGAAUUCAAAGCCAUGCUGGAGCAGCUGAAAAAACAACAGGAGGAUGCCCAGGCUGCAGCUAUGGCGACCUCAGCAGGUACGGUGUCAGAGGAUGCGGUAGAAGAUGAUGGCGGAGGUCACAUGUCCUGCAGCUCCUCUGAGAUGUCGAAGCUGAGCUCCAAGAGUGCCAAGGAGCGCCGCAACCGCAAGAAGAAGUGGCGUCAGAAGGAACAGUCGCGUGGCGAGGAAAAGGGUGACAGCGAGAAGAAAUUCGUCAAGUCUGAAUCUGACGAUGGCAGCAAGAGGAGUCGGUUCCGCUUCCCAGACAACCGGCUGGGCAGAAAGCCCUCUAUGAACCAGUCCCUACUCAGCAUCCCAGGGUCACCCUUCCUCUCACGGCACAACAGCAAGAGCAGCAUCUUCAGCUUCAAGGGGCGCGCCAAGGACGUAGGUUCAGAAAAUGAGUUCGCCGAUGACGAGCAUAGCACGGUGGAGGAGAGCGAGGAGCGGCGGGGGUCCCUCUUCAGCCCGUACCGCCGCAGCAGCUACAGCGGCUACCACGGCAAGAGGAACAGCACCGUGGACUGCAACGGCGUGGUGUCCCUCAUCGGGCCUGGACGCCUACUGCCUGAGCCUACCACGGAAGUGGAGGUGAAGAAGAAGCUUUCCGGCUCCUUAAUGGUGUCUGUAGACCAGCUCAACACCUCCUUUGGUCACAAAGACCGGGCCAACAGUGUUAUGAGCGUGAUCACCAACACCUUGGUUGAAGAGCUGGAAGAGUCCCAGCGCAAGUGUCCCCCGUGCUGGUACAAGUUUUCUAACAACUUUCUGAUCUGGGAGUGCUGCCCAUUGUGGUUGAAGAUCAAGGAGAUUGUUAACCUAAUUGUAAUGGACCCAUUUGUGGACCUGGCCAUCACCAUCUGCAUUGUUCUCAACACCCUCUUCAUGGCCAUGGAACACUACCCCAUGACACCCCACUUUGAGGAAGUGUUGACCGUUGGAAAUCUGGUGUUCACUGGGAUCUUCACUGCGGAGAUGUUUGCUAAACUUGUGGCCAUGGACCCAUACUACUACUUCCAGGAGGGUUGGAACAUUUUUGAUGGCUUUAUCGUGACCCUAAGCUUAAUGGAGCUCGGGCUGGCAGAUGUGGAAGGGUUGUCUGUGCUGAGAUCAUUCCGCUUGCUGAGGGUGUUCAAGCUGGCCAAGUCCUGGCCUACCCUUAACAUGCUCAUCAAGAUCAUUGGCAACUCUGUGGGUGCCCUGGGAAACUUGACCCUGGUGUUGGCCAUCAUUGUUUUCAUCUUCGCUGUGGUGGGCAUGCAACUUUUUGGCAAGAACUAUAAGGACUGUGUGUGCAAGAUCGCUAAGGACUGUGAGCUGCCCCGCUGGCACAUGAACGACUUCUUCCACUCCUUCCUCAUUGUGUUCCGUGUGCUGUGCGGCGAGUGGAUCGAGACCAUGUGGGACUGCAUGGAGGUCGCCGGGCAGACCAUGUGCCUCAUUGUCUUUAUGAUGGUCAUGGUCAUUGGGAACUUGGUGGUGCUGAAUCUGUUCCUUGCCUUGCUUCUGAGCUCCUUCAGUGCAGACAACCUGGCAGCCACAGAUGAUGAUGGCGAGAUGAACAACCUGCAGAUUUCUGUCAUCCGCAUCAAGAAAGGCAUUGCCUGGGUGAAGGCCAAAGUGCAGCUCCUGGCCGCCACCAUCCUGAAAAAGACAGUGCCGGAGGAGGUAAAGCCAUUGGAUGACAUGUAUGACAAGAAACUCAACUGCAUCGCCAACCACACAGGCGUGGACAUCAACAGAGAGAUGGAUUACCAGAAAAAUGGCAAUGGCACCACCAGCGGUAUUGGCAGCAGCGUUGGCAAGUAUAUGAUCGAUGAGGACCGCAUGUCCUUUAUCCACAACCCCAACCUCACCGUGCGUGUUCCCAUCGCUGUGGGUGAGUCUGACUUUGAAAACCUCAACACCGAAGACUUCAGCAGCGAGUCGGACAUCGAGGGGAGCAAAGAUCUGGAUGAUACCAGCUCUUCGGAAGGAAGCACCAUUGACAUCAAGCCAGAGAUGGAGGAUGUGGUUGUAGUGGAGGUAGUGGAAGAGUACCUGGACCCAGACCCCUGCUGGACAGAAGCCUGCGUAGCGCGAUACAAGUGUUGUGAUGUCUCCAUUACGGAGGGCUGGGGGAAGCACUGGUGGUACCUGAGGAAGACCUGCUACCUGAUUGUGGAGCACAACUGGUUUGAGACCCUCAUCAUCUUUAUGAUCCUGCUGAGCAGCGGUGCACUGGCUUUUGAAGAUGUCUACAUCGAACAGAGGAAGACGAUCCGCAUCAUCCUGGAGUACGCGGACAGAGUGUUCACCUACAUCUUCAUUCUGGAGAUGUUGCUCAAGUGGGUGGCCUAUGGCUUUGUGAAGUACUUCACCAACGCCUGGUGUUGGCUGGACUUCUUCAUAGUGGAUGUGUCUAUAGUCAGCCUUAUAGCUAAUGCCCUGGGCUACUCCGAUCUAGGGCCAAUUAAAUCUCUCAGGACACUAAGGGCCUUGAGACCCCUCAGAGCCUUGUCACGUUUUGAAGGGAUGAGGGUGGUAGUCAACGCCUUGGUGGGUGCCAUCCCUUCCAUUAUGAAUGUGUUGCUGGUUUGCCUCAUCUUUUGGCUGAUUUUCAGUAUCAUGGGGGUCAACUUGUUUGCGGGCAAGUACUACUACUGCUAUAAUGAGACAGAGGAGUAUCGCUUCCUGCCAACGGAGGUUAAUAACAAAACGGAGUGCUUCAACUACAUCAACGCCAACAUGAGUGACAUCAGAUGGAAAAAUGUCAAGAUCAAUUUUGACAAUGUUGGUGCAGGGUACCUUGCUCUGCUGCAAGUGGCUACAUUCAAAGGCUGGAUGGACAUUAUGUAUGCGGCAGUAGAUUCCAGAAAGGUGGAAGACCAGCCCUUCUAUGAGGACAAUAUUUACAUGUACAUCUAUUUUGUCAUCUUCAUCAUCUUUGGCUCUUUCUUCACUCUGAACCUCUUCAUUGGUGUCAUCAUUGACAACUUCAACCAGCAAAAGAAAAAGUUUGGGGGUCAGGAUAUCUUCAUGACAGAAGAGCAAAAGAAGUACUAUAAUGCCAUGAAGAAGCUUGGUUCUAAGAAACCACAGAAACCCAUCCCUAGGCCAGUGAACAAGAUCCAGGGGAUGGUGUUUGACUUUGUGACACAGCAGGUCUUUGACAUCUCCAUCAUGAUACUGAUCUGCCUCAACAUGGUUACCAUGAUGGUGGAAACGGACGGUCAGACGCAGGAGAUGGAAAACAUUCUGUACUGGGUCAACUUUAUCUUCAUUGUUGUGUUCACAACUGAAUUUGUGCUUAAGCUUUUUGCGCUGCGCCAUUACUACUUCACCAUUGGCUGGAAUAUCUUUGACGUGGUUGUGGUCAUCCUUUCCAUUGUGGGAAUGUUUCUAGCGGACCUGAUUGAGAAGUACUUUGUGUCACCAACUCUCUUCAGAGUGAUCCGUCUCGCCCGAAUCGGCCGCAUUCUGCGUCUUAUUAAAGGGGCCAAAGGAAUUCGAACUUUACUGUUUGCCCUGAUGAUGUCACUGCCAGCUUUGUUCAACAUCGGGCUGCUGCUUUUCCUGGUCAUGUUCAUCUUCUCCAUCUUUGGAAUGUCCAACUUUGCCUACGUGAAGAGGGAGGCUGGCAUUGAUGACAUGUACAACUUUGAGACCUUUGGCAACAGUAUGAUCUGCCUGUUCAUGAUCACGACCUCAGCUGGCUGGGAUGGCCUGCUGCUGCCCAUCCUGAACUACCCGCCAGACUGUAGCCCUGAGAAGGAGAACCCGGGCACCUCGGUCAAGGGGGACUGCGGCAAUCCUUCUGUCGGCAUUUUUUUCUUUGUGAUGUACAUCAUCAUCUCCUUCCUUAUCGUGGUCAACAUGUACAUUGCUAUCAUCCUGGAGAACUUCAGCGUGGCCACAGAGGAGAGCGCAGAUCCGUUGAGUGAGGAUGACUUUGAGACCUUCUACGAAAUCUGGGAGAAAUUCGAUCCGGAUGCCUCUCAGUUCAUAACUUUUGCCAAACUGUCAGACUUUGCGGACGCACUGGAGCACCCGUUGAGGGUGCCCAAGCCCAACACCAUUGAGCUGAUUGCCAUGGAUAUGCCCAUGGUGAGCGGGGACCGCAUCCACUGCCUAGACAUCCUGUUCGCCUUCACAAAGCGCGUGCUGGGCGACAGCGGCGAGUUGGACAUGCUACGGCAGCAGAUGGAGGAGCGCUUUGUGGCCGCUAACCCCUCCAAGGUGUCGUACGAGCCUAUCACCACCACGCUCCGCCGCAAGCAGGAGGAGGUGUCGGCCAUCGUGAUCCAGCGUGCCUACCGUGCCCAUCUGGCUCGGCGGGGCUUCAUCUGCAAGCGCAGGCUAGGGACCAACAAGCUGGAGAACGGAGGGGCCAACCAGGAGAAAAAAGAGGGCACGCCUUCCACUGCCUCCCUCCCCUCCUAUGACAGUGUAACAAAACCGGACAAGGAGAAACAGGAGGAAAAUGAGGGGAGGGCCCGAAAAGAGAAGGGCAGAAACCAAAAAGAUGUCAGGGAAUCAAAGUGUUAGGAAACAAUAACAAUAAUCCACUAAAGAAAAAAACGAGUUGAAACGAACUCCACAAAUGUACAAAUGUUUCAUUUGCAAGUAAAAAAAUGGAAAAAUACAAAAAAAAAAUUGUUUACAUGGAUUCUAAAAGUAUCAAUGCAGGAGAAGCGGCUUAGUUUCUUACGGCUUUGAGGACACUUAAACCAAACAUAGUCAGCUUAAGUGUGUGACGCGGGUGCGUAAAGAGCAAGAUUUUUAAGAGCGAGGGGCGGUGAGCGAGAGCGGAAAGAAUAACUCAUCGAAUUCUGCCCCGGUUCAUCGGAGACUUCUUUGUCAGGGACCGUCUGCUAGGGGACACGUUUCUUUGCAGAAGGAGAGAGAGGACGACGGAAGACCCCGUGGGUGACGGUGCAAAAGCAAUGACGCUGUGGAUUUGUCCCAAAGGAGAGUGGAGUCUUUGGAAGGUGGAGUCUGCAGUGACAUUCCAAAGCUGCCCGGAGGUUUCUCCGUGUCUCUGUCUUUAUUAAUCGAGGAAAACCGUAACCGGCAGGAUGAGCAAAUUUACACGAAAGGGGGGGAAAAAAAAAAAAAAAAAAACACGAAGGACAGAGAAACCCG